ACAUUUAAACUGCUGCCUGCCUGUGCAGCAGCUGAGGAACCCUGGAUUUCAUAUUACAGACUAAAACCCUGGUAAAACUGCUCAAAAUCCUUCCUGCAGCUGCCAGGCAACAACGAAAGAGAGUUAAAUCCUGUUCUUUUCCAAUACAAUCGAAGCACUCCAUUCUAGCUCUGGCUGCUUUUGAUUGCAGCUCCGUGUUCUUACUAGAAAUAUGGAUACUGAGAAGAGAAUACAGCACUGCAUUGUCCGGCCAGGAAAACAGCAGAUGUAAAAAGCUUCCAUGUAUCAACUGUCAGCAAGAGUCCACAGUGCUCCAAACAGAACGAACAACCACAGCUCUUUUGUUUAAAGAAAGAAAAAGAAAAUGAAAGAAAGGAAAAACCUCAGAAGACUAGGACCCAUAUGAACAAGAACGGGAACUCGAAGACAAGCAGACAGAUGGACACUCUGGACACUGUGAAAAGCAAUCGCAGGAGGCAGACUGCUGGGGGAGGUGCGCACGUUCGAUAGCAUCUUGGCUGAAGUGAUGGCGUGCCAAAAGUAUCUCCAGUGGGCAUAAUCCUCGCCACAUAAAUGCCUGACCAAGGAAGGUGCGUCUUCUCACUGACUUUCUCGACACAGUAGGGGCCAACGGAAACAUGCCAAGCAGUGUACUGUGACUAACAAAACUCUGCCAUAAUCAACCUUCCACCGUCUGUCCCACAACUGAUACAUGACCAUUUUACAAAAAAGGCCGCUGACUGUGCACCAUACCACCAACGAAUGACUGCGAGGGAGACGACGUGACGGCAUCAGAAAAUGAUUACCAAAGAACAGUACUGAUUCAGGAGAAGAACACGUUCUCAGCCAGCGAUCUCUCAUCCACUACUGGGUAUUUACAACAUGCUUCAGUGGAGAAGAAGACACUGCUGCUUUGCAAAGAUGAGCUGGAAUGCCAAGAGGUCUCUGUUCCGUACCCAUCUUAUUGGUGUACUUUCUCUCGUGUUUCUUUUUGCUAUGUUUUUGUUUUUCAAUCAUCAUGACUGGCUGCCAGGCAGAACUGGAUUCAAAGAAAACCCUGUGACAUACACUUUCCGUGGAUUUCGUUCUACAAAAAGUGAGACAAACCACAGCUCUCUUCGGAACAUUUGGAAAGAAACAGUCCCGCAGACUCUGAGGCCUCAAACAGCAACUAACUCCAAUAACACAGAUUUGUCACCACAAGGAGUUACAGGGCUGGAGAAUACACUCAGUGCCAAUGGAAGUAUUUACAAUGAAAAAGGCACUGGACAUCCAAAUUCUUACCAUUUCAAAUACCUUAUCAAUGAACCUGAAAAAUGCCAGGAGAAAAGCCCUUUUUUAAUACUACUAAUAGCUGCGGAACCUGGACAGAUAGAAGCUAGAAGAGCUAUUCGGCAAACUUGGGGCAAUGAAAGUCUAGCGCCUGGUAUCCAAAUCACACGAAUUUUUUUGUUGGGUGUAAGUAUUAAGUUGAAUGGCUACCUUCAACGUGCAAUACUGGAAGAAAGCAGACAGUACCACGAUAUAAUUCAACAGGAAUAUUUAGAUACAUACUACAAUCUGACCAUUAAAACACUAAUGGGCAUGAACUGGGUUGCCACAUACUGUCCACAUAUUCCAUAUGUUAUGAAAACUGACAGUGACAUGUUUGUCAACACCGAAUAUUUAAUACUUAAGUUACUGAAGCCAGACCUGCCUCCUAGACAUAACUAUUUUACUGGUUACCUAAUGAGGGGAUACGCACCCAACCGAAACAAAGACAGCAAGUGGUACAUGCCACCAGACCUCUACCCAAGUGAGCGCUAUCCUGUCUUCUGUUCCGGGACUGGUUAUGUUUUUUCUGGAGAUCUGGCAGAGAAGAUAUUUAAAGUUUCUUUAAGCAUCCGUCGUUUGCACUUGGAAGAUGUAUAUGUAGGGAUCUGUCUUGCUAAGUUGAGAAUCGAUCCUGUCCCCCCUCCCAAUGAGUUUGUAUUCAAUCACUGGCGAGUUUCUUAUUCAAGCUGUAAAUACAGCCACCUAAUUACCUCUCAUCAGUUCCAGCCUAGUGAACUGAUAAAAUACUGGAACCAUUUACAACAAAAUAAGCACAACGCUUGUGCCAACGCAGCAAAAGAAAAGGCAGGCAGGUAUCGCCACCGCAAACUCCACUAGAAAAGACAACUUUUUUUUUUUCCCAAACGUGCGAUCUGUAAAAUAUUGCUAAAAGCAUGUAUAGUUAAAACUGAUUACAUCCAUAGGACAAGUUUUAGUUAAAACUCAUCGCAUAUAGGAAUCCAAAAAUAUUUUUUUAAUUUCUGAAGAAGGUAAUUCUUAAAAAUACAACAUGAUAUAACAAAAAGGUAUCCCAAACAAUCUACUAAAAAUCCACAUAAGGGGAUUCUGUGUAUUAACAUGCAAUAACAGGCGUGCAUACAUCAAUGGUUCAACUCUUACGUUAGGGGCCAAGAAGGUGUAUUUGCAUAUGUUUUCCACAUAAAUUUUAAUUUAAGAAAUGGAUAUAGUCAAAAGACUUUGGAUUCAGUUUUUCAUUUCAAUAUAUAAUUAAAUGUAAAUAAAACAUUAUUGUCAAUUUUAAAGAAACUUUAUAAUUGUGCAAAGGACAAAUUUUGACCUAUUCUAGGGUUCUAAAAACCAUAUUCCAUGCAAUAAGAUUUAGUUGAAUUAUUCCAUAAACAUAUUUAUAAAGUUCAGAUGUUUCAUCAAUGCAGUUCUCAUCCAAGUAUUUACUUUUUAAAAACAAUUGAGAUAUUCAUUUUCUUUUAUCAAUACGCACAUAUACUGGGGGAAUUUAUUUUGACAUGACGUGAUAAAAUGUGAAAAAAAAUCAAUGUGUCUCAGGCUCACGUUUUUAUUAAAAAAAAAUUAAAUGUUUCAAAAUAGAACAUCUGUUCCCUCGUUGGUGUUCAGGGCCAAGCUAGUACUUCAAUGAUUUACUCAAUCAACCAGUUGCUGCACUCUCAAGGAGCAUCACCACUUAACUUCAAGCAUAUCUGAAAAAAAUCUAUCAUUUUUCUCUAACUGAAGCAAAAGUGAUUACUUACAGGCACAAAGAGGAUGCACCGUUGAAAAAAGAUAAAGGAUAAAGAGUGCAGCGGCAGUUUCAUUCAAUACAUUUUAAGAUGCAUGUCUGCCAAACUGCAACAUAUGGGAAGUUUAUUUCCUGACAGCAGGUGUACACAUGCCAAUACUUAAUCAUUUUACGGCACCUACUUCUUUCUCUGAGUGCCAAGUUUACAAACGUGCAGUUUUUAAUUUGGUGGAUGACAAAUAUUCUGCACCACCGAUUAAAAACUUUUUUGGGAGGGAUGGGGGAAAACUACAAAUGUUUGAUGAACACUUGAUUCUAGGAUGAACAAUGUAUACAAUGCACUUUUAUCAAGCUUUUAAUAAAAAAGGUAAACAAAAAACCU